CUUGGAGGACCGCUAACUUUUAGGUGGAUGUAUUCCAUUGAAAGGGAACUUCUAACUCUGAAGUCCUACGUGCAUAAUAGGGCUUGUCCAGAGGGCUCGAUUGCUGAAGGAUAUUUAGCUAUGGAAAGCUUAACUUUUGUCUCCCGUUAUCUCUCUGGAGUUGAGACAGUUUUUACUCGGCCCAUAAGAAAUUAUGAUGAGGGUGAACAAAAUGAAAUUGAAGAAAUAAAUUUACUUUGUCCUGGGCGUCCAUUACAACAAAGAAAUCAAUCUAAUGUGUCCUUUCAGAAGCGAAAAAGAGUUAACCAUCAGGUUCUUGAUGAGAAGUUAAUGAUACAAGGGCAUCGCUAUGUGUUGUUUAAUGUUGAGUCAAUCAUACCAUUUAGAGAGAAACAUAAGUCAAUUGUCAAGAGUAGACAUCGUUCACGAAGGCCAUCUGAAUAUGAACUUGAGAAACUUCAUUGCCAGCAAUUUAGUGAAUGGUUCCAAAAACGGGUAUCACGUUUAGUAGAAGAAGGAGAUGCAAGAGUAAGUGAGGAAAUAAAAUGGCUUGCCCUUGGUCCUCACACUUCAGUGAAGAAGUAUUCAGGAUAUUUUGUUAAGGGGUAUCGCUUUCACACAAAGGAACAUGAGAGAUUCUUGAAAACGCAAAACAGUGGCGUGGUUGUGACAGUAAAGGGUGAAUGUUUUGCAAGUCCCCGUGAUAAAAGACCAAUUUUUGGAGUGAUAAAUUAUUAUGGAUCACUCAAUGACAUCAUUGAGUUGAACUAUUCUGGUAAACUGCGAGUUGUUUUAUUCAAGUGUGACUGGGUUGAUGUGAAUAGAGGUGUGAAGAAAGAUGAUAUGGGAGCAACACUAGUUAACUUUUCAUAUUUGACACACACGGGAGAGAAUUUGCUUGAUGAUCCAUUUGUUCUAGCUUCCCAAGUUCACAAAGUCUUCUACGCUAAAGAUUCCAAGUCAAAAGAUUGGUUGGUUGUGAGACAUGUCAAAGUGAGGGACAUGUUUGAACUGGGAGAUAAUGCAGAUCAAAGAAAUACAUCAAAUGAUGUUAUAUUUGACGUUCCAAACUUGCAUAGAGUUGGAGACGAUGAAGAUGAUGAACUUGAUGUCACUCUACCAAUGGAAGAGGAAGCUAGUAAUGAAGAAGACGAAUAAACUAACAAAACUGCUACUUAAAUACUCAAAUUGUUAUCACUGAAAGACUCAUGUUAUGUUUUAUAUUUGGAGUCUAUCACCAAAUGUUUACUACUGAAACUUCUUUUACUAGUUUUUCCUUUAUUAUGUAUAAAUACUUUAUGCUUCAGUAACAUUAUUGUAGCAUUUUGUUUAACCAGUUGUUUUCUGUUUGCAUGUGUAUGUUAUUGAAUAUGUAAAUAGUACAAAAUGUUCACUUAAAUGUUGCAAUACCAACUUUUAUUGUACUGCUUUGACUAGGGAUGGCAAAACGUAAGAGGUUGAACAUCGUCUCAAUCAAUAAAACCCCAAUUGUGCAACAAUCUAUUAGAGAUGAAGAGUUGGAGUCAAGUGAAAAUCAAAGACAGAACCAAAGCUUUGGGAAGCAAUUCGAUUCUGGAAAUGCUUCAACAAAUGAGGGAGAAUCUUCUGAACCUUCUGUUUCAGCCAAUGCACACAGUUCUCAAGCAUCAGGUGUUGCUAAGAAGGUUCGAGGACCAACACAAAAACUUGGAAUUUGGGAGCUAAAAGGAGACUCAAGAAUAGCUGUUAAAUUUAAUGACAUGGCACAGCCUAUAGGAGAAGAAGGAAACGAACUAACUCAGUUCCUCGGCACUCUUGUGAAAAUGUCAAGUCAUGUUGGAAUAAACUUUGAUGAAUGGAGAGAUGUCUCUUAUACAACAAAGGAAACUUUAUGGAGCAUUGUGAAGGAGAAAUUCAAAUUCCUACCGGCUGAAACUAGAGACGUUAAGAAAUGGAUAAUUGCAAAUAUGGGAUCGAAGUGGAAGUCGUGGAAAAACACUUUGAAAGAACGGAAUUAUGAUCCAGCCCUAACUGUUGAUGAAAUGGUAACAAAUGAGACUGAUAAGAGGGUUAACAAGUCUCAGUUU